AUGCAGAUGAUCUCACCGCAUGAACGUACUGCAAGCAGCUACUCACUGUAGAGUACUCGCAGUCUCGCAGUAAAGCAGUUCUGAUUCAGUACGAUGGGUGACAGAAUUAAUUUCUUUGUUGCAUUGGCGUUUCUUGUUGUUAACAAUUUACUUUUCGCGCCAACAACAUUGGCAUUCGAUAGAAAUCUUCGGAUUUAUGAAUAUACAGCAGAAGUCAGAGUCGGAAUAGAAGAACCAACAACCUAUGUUUCCAAAUUCUUAAUAAAUGGAUUUCUCAAAAUACAAGAAAAGUCAAUCGAUGAGCAAGACAGAAAUACUUACGUGAUUUUAUUGUCCGAUUUAAAACACGACGCUUAUUAUGGACAAGAAACUUUUGAAGCACGAAACUUGCAGCCCAUAAUAAAGAAGUUGGAUGGAUUGCAAAAUCCCUUUUUAGCUAUAUACAAAACAGAUGGCAGGUUGGAAGCUAUCGAGACUUAUCCAAAUGAAACAAAUGAGAUUAAAAAUAUAAAGAAAUCUAUAGCAUCAGGAUUACAAUCCAAUUGGAAGACGACUUUAGACCUAGUAGGAAAAGCUACAGAAGAUGGAGUGAUUUUAAAAGAGAAAACCAUCCAUGGUAUCUGUGAUGUCAAAAAUUUCGCAAAGAAUUCGCUUCAGAAUAUGCUUCAAUCAGAAAAGUCGUAUAUUACUCUUACGAAGACAUAUAAACCCAAUGACUGUAGCAACUUUACAAAUGACAUUCGUGGCUACGAUGCAUAUUACAAAGAUUAUACACAGAAUAUAAAGAAUCAAAUGAAUACGAAUAUGCGCUGCAUGUAUGAAUUGGGCCUUGAGUCAAGUAAACCCGUUCUUAGGGACCUGCUAUGUGUUGAAAAUUACGUAUGGGAUAUGAAUCCAGAAAUGUUAAAUGAAGAUUCACCUGGGCCUAAAACUACGCAGUCGACCUUUGUGCAAAUGAAACAAACCAUGAUUUAUAAAAACACUACAGUCUCAGAUACAGUCAUAUGCUUUGAUAAUAAAAAUAACACGGAGAAUGUAGACGUCGAGAAAAAUCAAGAAAAUGAAAAUAAUGCAGCGAAUGCAGAUGGUAAAACAAAUCUUGAAAAAAUAAAGGAGCUCUUCAGUAUGGUUAGUGAUUAUAUGAAAGAAAAUCGACUGGUACAGCACACACCUGAUGUUGUGAAUCAACAACUUCUAAACAGAAUACAGUCGGCUCUAGACGAAUUAAAUCUCGAAAAUCUUGAGAAAUUAUACAACGAAAUAGAGAAUAUUAAUUCGCCAGAAAUGGAAGAAUUGAGGUCCAUUUUUAUUCAAAUGAUUCCUUACGUGGGUACAAAAUCUAGUUCAAUAUUUCUUCGAGAUGUGAUCUUAAAGAAGAAGAUUUCCGAAAAAUUAUCUGUUAAAAUAUUAAAAACUUUGCCGUCAUUUAUUCGCCAACCGACAAAAGAAUUACUGCUCGAUUUAGAAGAAUUAAUUUUAAUAAACAAUGGAUUACCAUCUUCCGUUAAAAAGAGCAGCAUACUAAGCUACGCUUAUCUAAUAAGCAGAGUUUAUAAAGAUUCGAGUGUACCGGAUGACGUUAUGAUGGAAAAAUAUUUGAAACACUUUAGCAAUGCAUUAGAAUUUUCAGAAACGACAGAUAUGAAGCUCGUUUACCUACACGCCCUUGGUAACACUCGUAGUCACGAAGCCAUCAAGUUCCUUGUACCAAUCCUUCUACGUCGAAACAGUUCAACGGAAGACCCAUUGGUAACUAAUCGACUUCGUCUGGCUGCUAUUCACUCUUUGUCGCGUAUCAUCGACGCGGAUGACGAGUCGACGAUUCAGAGCUUGAAAUAUAUUCUCCUCGAAGACAAAGAGCCCCGGAGCUUGCGCCUCGCGGCCUACGACGUCCUUUUUAACGUUCUCCAAUUGGAUUCUGAUGAGCUGGAUCAACUCGAUGUUGGAUUGUCGUUGCUCGAGGAUGAGCACAUCCACAACUACCAUCGAUCCAACAUACAAAAUCUUGAACUGCUGGACGCUUUGCCGAAAGAAAUGAAUAAUAUCGCCGCUCGGAUCAAGUAUGCUGCCGUGUCGCCGACAAUGUCGAGGAGCACAAUUAUACAGUUGAACAACAAACUAAAACAGAUGGUUGUCAGCUUUCUCCAAGUUUUCAUGAUCUCACCGAGGUUUGGAUCGAACAGCAACAUCCGACUGUCUAAUGUGCUUGAGAACGGCUUUGCUGCAGCUCUUAAAUACGAGGUUCUAGAAAGCGCAGGAAACAAGAUAGAUGUUUCUCAGGGAAUCUAUUGGUACACUAAUGCUGAAAUGACGAUGUUAGAACAAGCUAAAUCAAAAUACACUGAUGUAUCGUUUGAUGUGUGGCUGAAAUCGGAAAAUUGGAUUAGUAAUGUGUAUUCUUUCACUAUAUCAAAAGAUAUUGAGAAAAGAUCAUCUGAUUUGUUGUCGAAAUUCUGCGAUUACAUAAAAGCAAUUAGCGAUGAGCCACAUUUUGAAUACCAAACAUUUACGAGUUUUUCCAUACCUACCGUUUUAGGAAUGGAUGCUAUUUUUGAACACAAAAUUCCUUCUCUUAGGAAAAUAAAAAUUGAUGACGAUACAGAAAUAUUAGAUCAUACGAUCGAUGUUACUUCCACUAUAACUUAUACCAGUUGGGAAGAUGGAUAUAUUGGCGCUUCAGUUUAUAAUGUUUAUAAUGAACUAAUGCAUUCAGUUAGAAGAACUAAAUUGUUCAAUGUCUUUAUACCAACAAAAGUAUCCGCGAUAUAUGAUGCUUAUAAUAAUACGUGGAAUAUCAUCUAUGCUGUAAUUGUAGAUGAAGAUCAGAACUCUCCUAAAAAUCAUCGUGGUGGUUCAAUGUAUACGGCCGUAAGCGUGAUGAUUAAUAACAAGAAAGACCUCAUUGCUGAAGACUGUGGCGGUACGUGUGGAUACCAGUUGGCGAGAACCUCGAUUGAUUUACAAAAAUUAACUAAUAAAGUUGAACAGAAAACAUUUGAUUUCUUUGGAUUAACUACCACAAGUAUUGUAUACGACUGCGACUUCUAUGAAAAUGCUGAUCAAAGGUUACUACGUGGACUUUUUGGUAUAGAUGACUCAAUGAAAAGGAACAUUAAUAAUUGUGGAAUCAUAUAUAAAAUAAGUCCAGAUAUGAAAAAAACAAUAUCACAGAUUGAGAUGAAAAUAAGCAACAAUCUACGAAUACUACAGUCACCUGAAGAACCUUGGUUUUUCUUACCAGGAUUCAAAUUUGAUAUAAAAUUGUCUUUAGCAGCUAGAAGGACCCUCGAUAAUUCUGCUAGCAAUCUUGGUAUGCUUAAUAUUAAUGCUGAUACUACUCAAGGACACAUUUCAAGCAACCUAAAGAUCAAAUUCUCCAAAAAGCACGAUGAACGGAAAAACUUAGUUUUUUGCUUUGAUAUGCAGAAAAAUUAUCCCAACGUCUCAGAUACUCAUUUGCCAUUUGAAGUGACGCUUUUAUAUACAAAUACAGAUCUACGCGCAACCUUUGGAUAUUCGACAGAUGACUCGUGUUCAGAUAGCGCUUUGUCUAUUGAUAGCAAUUUAAUUGGUAAAAUGUCGGAAAAUCAUUUGGAUGCAUUAGCAAAACAUGCUCACAACAGUCGCUGUGCGCAUCAAAAAGCAACGCCAUUAUUUGCUCAUCCUGCUGGAUCUUUUCCAUUGACUUGGGACUGUAUACAUGAAUCAAUAGUAAAUACUACGUUAAGACACUAUACUCUAAACUUUAAUCACAAAGGUAUACCUAUGAUGCUUCUGCUCGUUACGAAUUCCAUCUUGGAAAAAGUGAAAAAUGACUGGCCCGGAAUCAAUAUUAAAUUAGUUUCUCCGAUAAGCAGAGCGUUGGUUGAUACGAUGACAUACGAGAUUGACUAUCCAAUAACUCAGCGUUCCUUGCACAACUUCUCUUUCUUUGAAACGCCAACGGAUAACGUAUUCUAUUCUAAAACAUUCAUCCAUAAAUUUAUGAAUGACUCUAUUAAGGUAACAAACGUAUUUCCGAAAAUGAUACUUUUUGAUAAAAAUAAAGUUAUAAGCAAUGCUAACUUGACAAGCUGGAAAAGAAUUUAUGCAGAUAAAGUAAGCAGUAGUUACAGUAUUCAUGUUAAAUUAGUAGAUGAGGAUAAACUUUCUGUUAGAUUUGAUUUUAAAAGUCACGAAUUAAUUGUCGAACCAACAAAAACAUUCUCUACAAAUACAGAAGGGUCAUUAAAUGAUCUUGCCCCUGCUCUCUCCGUAUACUUUGAUAAAAAAUCUCUUGAUUUGAGCGAGAGAAUGUUUCUAACUAGCGAAGGUGGAUCAUACGAGGAUCAUGUAUUUAGAUUAUUAAAAGUUGAUAAUUACAUCAUGAUUGAACCAAAUAAUAUGCAGAUUUCUGUUUAUUACAGUGUGAACAGCGUAACUAUCCUUCGGGAAGAAUAAUUUUUUAUUUUUGUGUAACUCAUAAUUAUUUUAACUCCGUAUUAUAAUCCUUUAGCUAUUAAAAUAUAUUUUGUAUUUGCAUCAUCUGUAUGUGAAUUUAUUUUUAUUAAUAAAAUGUAACAUAUUAGUUCUUAUGA